AUGUUCGCUUAUGACCCCGCUGCCAUCGCCGGAGAUCGAGUCUUGAUCGGCCAAAGCGGGCAAUUCUCGAAUCAAAUCCGCAAGCGCUUCCCAUGGGUCCUCUCUAUAGGCGAUGGUUUCCGAGAGAAUCUCCUUUUCCAGAUCCAGUCCGAGACCGGGACGCUUCUCCUUUGCGAGACGAGCCAGAUACGGCGUGGUAUCUUGCCGCAUGACGCCAUGAAGACGGACAGUGCUCACUGUGAGCGCGGGGACCGAGUUGACCAUGAGACAUUUGACGUGGUCGAGAGCGCCUCGAUGUGCGAGAAUGCGGCGGAGGAAUACCGCAUUUCUCCAGAUGGUACUGUCCCGUUCAUCUUCGAGCCAGAGUUUGACCGUCUCGUAGAGGUACGGGGCUAUCAGAGCCUGAGACGCUUUGCUGACACGGGCCAAAGACCAAAGACUCCAGGAGGGAUGACCGCGCUUGAGGUGCUGGAUGACUUGGAGAGUGGCUUGGUGGGGAAGACCAUCGAAUGGUGUGAGAGGCAUCAUUUCACUGCGGAUUGA